AUGACCGCUUCCAACUUUGAGGUCUGGACCGUGGAGGAGCCUUACGUCGACUGCCACUGCAAGCUCGGCGAGGGGCCUUUACGAAAAGGAGACCAACACACGAUCCAGCUUGACCGCCCCGUGACGGUGACUGCCGAUAUCGAGGGUGUCAACCCGGCGGAGAAGAUUCUCAUCGGCAUCAAGUACGGCCUCGCCGUGCUGGACCGCAAGACUGGAACGUACGAGUACGUGGCUAAGCUGACCGAAUCCCCCAACGAGAGGGUACGAACCAAUGAUGGUGGAGCGGAUAUCAAGGGAAGGUUCUGGUUGGGAACCAUGACGGACUUUAACCUGGGCGAAUUCCAGCCGGAAGGUGGUCUCUUCCGCUUCGACAGCAGCGGCAGCUCGGAGCUGAUCAAGGAGCUCACGAUCCCCAACUCGGUCGGCUGCGAGAUCUUCGCCUUUGACUAUGACGUGGAGACGGGCGAGAUCUCGAACAAGCGCCUCUUUUACAAGCACGAGGGCUCGGGCGGCCCCGACGGGUUCCGCGUCGACGUCAACGGGUUCAUCUGGCACGCCGUGUACGGCGAGUCCAGGGUUCUCAAGAUCAACCCCGAAGGCAAGCUCGUGGGCGAGGUGAGGCUGCCUACGCGCAACAUCACCUGCACCCAGUUCGUCGGUACCGAGCUGUACAUCACCACGGCCAACGACGACGAGGCCGAGGGUGGCGAGAGGAGCAAGAACCUCGGCGGUGGCCUCUUCAAGGUGGACGUUGGCGUCGAGGGCCUUCCCUUGUUCCCUUAUAAGCUUCAGGUUUAA